UAAGACUUCGGCAUUAAGCAAGCCACAGUCGAUGGCACGCGUGGCAGAACGUUUCCUGGCUGCAAGGCUCGCGUAGGAGGAAGUCGAUGCCCAAAAUCGUGGCAUUGCACGACAAGAAGGCAAUGCAAGUCUGCCUUGGGCUCAAGCGUCUUUCAAUUCUCGAUGUUUUGGAAUCUGCUGCGUGGCCCGGCCCGACGUGUCUCUGCCAAGUGCAGAAGGAAUGAAUGAUUCGUGGAUGACAGGGCACUGUUGUCAGCCUACGGCUGAUUGGAAUCUGCGCCACACUAAUCUGACAGUGGAAAAACUUUAUUGAGAGAGCGCUGGCACCGACAAAUUCUUUUUUCUUUUCCGAAAUUUCUACUUCCGCCACUGCCACUUGUGCAACUCCGUAUGUGCCUCACAAGGUAGAUUUGAUAAGUCAGGAUGACUAGGGGCGAAAGUGACAUUAGUAAAUGCCUUGCCUCCCAGUACGCAGGGAUUUAUAAUAGGGGGACCGAAGCACGCACGUUGUCAGAGUUUUCCUGUGUCCUUCCUUGGGAUACCUGUUCCUGCAUCUGAUAUCAACCUUCCAUUCCACAGCAGAGCACCUGCAAUGGACUCGUACACAUCGUCGUAUUCCAAGUCUGAAAGACAUCUAUUCACAAAUGGAUCCAGCAUCAAGUCGGAUAUUGAGGAUAAACAUAUCGUUGUCCAGCCAGGCUUAAUUGGCGGAAAUGAGUCCUCUGGAAAUGGCCCGCUUUGUACAAGCGGCUCGUCUGGUCUACCGCUAUCACGAAGUCGCAUCUCAAAUGCCGGCAGUCUGCGGUCCUGUGACCAUAGCGAUGCACACGACAAUCCAAGUCUCGAGUGUCCCCCCAGUCCGCCUCUUUCAGUCUAUGGAAUCAACCAGAUACCACUGCAAAACAGACUUCUCAGCAUACUCAGAAAGAUCCCAGGCCACGAAGAGAAGAAGGGCUUUUUCCCGGAAAAUGAUCUUAUGGCAUUGAUGUCCGAGGAAUACGUGAGGCAAGAGCUGGAGAUGUGCUUUGAAGACUGGGCUCCGCACCAGAUUGAGGAACUAACAAGUGGAAUAUGUCACAAAACUUCCAGUGCUCAUGGAUCCCGAAGCGGUUUCAAAAGAAUAUUCGCGAUCUUGGUCCUUUGUGAGAAAUCCAACGAUAUCGUCCGUUUUAUAGAAGAGAAUGUUUCAGACGCGGACCUUCCUUUGAAUAAGUCAGCUCCACCAGAAGAGCUGCCAAACUUCUACCACCUUAUACGAAAGGGACAAACCAAUACUCUCAAAAGCUUCCGGAAGUGGUCCUACACAGCAAUCUGGAGGUUCGAAGAGUGGCAGUGGACCACGAUAGCUCCAUUUUUCCAGCUUGGCUCGCAAAAAGAAGUCAAACACCUUCAACUCCAAGACCAGGAGGCGCUUCCUUUCACCCAAGACAGCCGAUUCGUCAUCGAUAAGCCUGCAUAUCAGAAGUUGGAGUUUGAGGGUGGUUACAGUAGUGUCUUCAAAGUAGACAUACAUCCCGACCACCAUAAUCUUUCCAAAUCUAAUGCUGUUGAACAGAAGUUCGCAGUGAAAUGCCUCCGGUCUCGAGACGAGGCUGAGUUCAAGCGGGAAGUCAACACUCUGAGAAAGUUCAGCGGUGACUCCCAUCAGCAUCUUGUGUCGUUGCUAGCUACAUAUGAACAAUUCGGCAAAUUCUACCUCAUAUUUCCUUGGGCCGAAGCCGACCUUCAGGGUUUCUGGAUGAAGCACCCUGCUCCAACAUUGGACCACGAAGGGAUGGUUUGGUUGGCCGAACAAUGCUGCGGAAUCGCCAAUGGCCUCACAAAGAUUCAUCACUAUGAAACUUGGCGACGCACGAACUCGGAAAUUUCUGAGUCAAAAUCGGGACGGUUAGACAGCCUUCGAAAUCUGCACCGCAAUCCCGGCCGCAGCACUUCAAUGAACAUCGAACCCGGGCAGAAGUCUGUGAAUCGGGAUACGAACAAGCAACGACACUUUCGAAAGCAACUGUAUGGACGUCACGGUGAUAUCAAGCCCGAGAAUAUCCUCUGGUUCCGAGACCCAGAAAAGUCCGGCGACCGAGGAGUCUUGAGGAUAUCAGACUUCGGAUUGACGGAAUUCAGUACUCGUCAUAGCCUGUGUUACAAACGAAACAACCAAGUAGCACACUCGCUCUCAUACAGACCCCCAGAGUGUGAUCUCGAAGGGGCGUUUGUGGGCCCGUCCUACGAUAUCUGGACCCUCGGCUGUCUCUACUUAGAACUCAUUGCCUGGCAAUUGGGCGGCAACAAGCUACUUCAAGAUUUCCGUCGCAAGAGAAAUAUACACGAUCCAUUGCGACUUCACUCAACAGACACUUUCUUUGAGAUCGUGCAUUGCAUCGAUACCAACACGGUGGGAGCCAUGGUAAAGCCUGCAGUUCUCGAUUUCGUUCUCGAUCUACAUGCCCUGCCAACGUGUACCGAAUACUUCCAUGAAUUCCUUGAUUUCGUUCUGGGCCAAAUGCUGGUAGUCAAGUCACCAAAUCCAAGUGAAAAGAGACGCAUGAGCAUUGAGGAAGUUCACAGAAGGCUUUCGGUCUUCCAUCAGAAAUGCAUCGACAGCAAAGACUACACAUGCACAUUUGCACCCUGGCCGCGAAGGAGAGGGGAUAGCAAACUUUUGGAAGAAGCAGUGGAAACUGAUGUUGCAGAACAGCCCCAGCAGAUGCUUCGCUGGCGAAGGCUAAGAAGAUACAGCGGGAAAACGCUGAGCAGAGAGAGUACGGGGCUUCAAUAAGUUGUCGCGCCUGAAGUGGGAUACAUCAAUUGAGACCUGCUCAGAACAAGCGAGGUAGAUGUGAGCAAGUCUUUUCCAAGUGCCCAGGUGUGCUCGCAGACGGUGUCUUUUCCUUUGUGUGUAUUUUAUCGGUUGCAUUAAUUUGUAUGUAUACGGCGAUAGUAUAGAUGCGCGGGAGUACUCGGUGCGACUAUAGGGUCCUCCUUGGUCAUUCUUAUCAUCUGAUUUCGCUUCUAUUCUGCAUACGCCCGAAGACACACUUCCUACUCACUUGACCCCAGCCUUUCCCGCGCCGGACACUUUGAGGGGACUAUGACUAGUCCCAGAAAGAGCCAUUGUCGCAUCAAUACCAGUCAUUACUUUUUUCGUAA